AGACCACACAAGUAGUUUUUAAGUGCAGCGCUGGUAUUCUGUGGUAGAAAGAUCACAUUCCCUACCUGUGGAUGCCUCGCUUCGAAUUCGAAACCUCCAUUGCUCUCGCUAGUUGCACAGUUGCAAGCGCCGCUCUAUUUCUUUACAACCGUCCACGGGAGGAGAAAAUCAAGCUUCCUAUUCAUGGGGAUGAAGCACUAGAAGAAAGUGCCUCGGAGAACACAAUCUCGAACACUUCAGAUCCGUUUGACGUCGUGACACAAGAGGAUUUUAUCGAGGGGUAUCCGGUUGAAGAGGAAACGUUUUGGACACAGGUUCCCUUACACCUAUAAUUGCUAAUACCGUCAAUCCUUACCGCUUCUUCGUUCAUUCAGGUCAAAAGAAGGAAAUUUGGACUCUGCUUUUUGACAGCAACCAUCGUGGUUCUUCAGUGCAUUCAACUAGGGUUGUAUGUGGAAAAUGGCGCAGGCAAUAAUAUGAAACUCGUCGCCCAUUCUUUGAACGUGUACUUCGCGAUUUAUCUGCUUGCUCUAUGUCUCCAGUCCAUAUAUCGUUGCACUGUCGAGCGUCACAGCGAAUCCGUCCUUCAUAUAACGGUCUUAACCACGAUACCUGCCUUACUUCUUACGACCUUGUCCCUCCUUCCUGAAACACCACUAUCCCAAGUGAAUCUACAACGAGUGUCACCAAUCGGAGAUCAUGAUAAUCUGUGGUAUAUCAUGGUCGUGCUCUACCUUUCGGCCUGUAUUCUCGCGUUCACCACGCCUCAAGGUCCCCCGCUUUACUACCCACCAUCCGCUAUAUAUCUCCCAAAGGCUGUAGAGUCUAUCACAAACAAGGAUAAGGAGAAUGUGACGGGACUCGCAGCUUGUUCUCCCUGGGGUUACCUUAUGUUUUCCUACACAACCAAGGUCGUUAUGCUCGGGAAUAUUGCGGAGAGCCUUGAAAUAGGUGACCUACCGAUCCUUCCGGCGAACAUGCGUUGUGUCGUCAAUUUUACACAAAUAAGAAAGAUGGCGGGAACCCUUCGGUUGCGCUUUGGGACGUGGGCUGCUAAGACUGGUUCCGGAUGGAACGUCGCAUAUCAGCUGGUACGAUUAAAUAUCGCCUCUCUAACGGUUCAAUUUUGGAUUGCGGUAUUUUCGGCGAUGCUGUUCUACCUACCGCCGUACUUCCUCAACUUGUUGAUCCUAUACCUGGAAAGUGAUCCUGAAAGACGCGAUAGGAGCUGGGGAUGGCUGUAUGCCUUUGGUCUGAUCAUGUCGAAUGUCAUUGUUUAUCUUCUGACUGCACAACUUUGGUCAAUCUCAACGACGGUUAUACAAACUCGGUUCAGGAUUCAGCUCAACUCGAUUCUCUAUGCAAAGACGCUCGUCCGAAAGGAUGCUAUUUCCUCUUCGGCCUCAGUUCAAAAGGAGAAUGAAACAGCCGAAGAAAAGCAAGACGAGGACGAUUUCUCCACCAAAGCCCAGAUUAUGACUCUUAUGACGACAGAUACGGACCGUGUGAGCGAGUUUGCCUGGCAUUUCUUCACUCUCGUCGAUUCACCCAUUGAGCUGAUCAUUGGAACCUUGUUCGUAUACAAAUUACUUGGCGUGUCAGCAUUAUAUGGUCUACUCGUCAUCGUUUUAUCAAUGCCCAUGAACCAUCUAGCUGGGAAAGUGGUCGUUGAUGCUCAAGAAAACUUGAUGAAAGCUCGCGAUGAAAGAAUCGCUCUUAUGAACGAAGUUCUCGGCGGAAUACGUAUGUUGAAGUUUAUGGCUUGGGAAAGGAGCUUCGAAUCUCGAAUUCUCAAAAUCCGUGAUCGAGAACUCAAGUACCAGAAACUCAAUUAUAAUAUUGAGACAUUAUGGAAUGGAAUAUGGAAUGCUACUCCCGUCUUGGUGACUGUUGUGGCAUUUUUCCACUUCACAGUCAUCCGCGGCCAACAACUCACACCCAACAUUGCUUUCACGGCCAUUACCGUGUUUAACGAGUUAAAGUUCGCCCUCAACGCACUCCCUGAGACUCUGAUCAAUGCGCUACAGGGAUUUGUGUCUCUUCGACGUAUAGAAAAAUACCUCAACACAGCUGAAGUCGACUCGGUACCUCCCCUCGACCAGCAGUCGCAAACAAUCGCCUUCCAAUCAUGCACUAUAACGUGGCCUCAAGACCGCGCACAAAGAAGCGCUGCGCCCUCCGCAGUCUCUACUCCCAGACAGAAGUUUGUUCUAUUAGACUUGUCCCUCAAGUUCCCCACGAACGGAUUCUCUCUCGUAUGCGGUAAAUUGGGAUCUGGAAAAACAUUGCUACUCCUUGCAUUGCUCGGAGAGGCAGAUAUUCUUGCCGGGCAAGUAGUUUGCCCUCGGUCACCGCCAAAUGCAAUCGCAUCAUAUAUAGACAUGCAGUCCGGCGAGAAGUGGAUUGUGCAAGGACUAUGUGCAUAUGUUCCUCAGAUGGCUUGGUUACGAAACGCAUCUAUUAAAGACAACAUUCUCUUUAACCUGCCCUACGAUGAAGCCAGGUAUCAGAAAACACUCGAGGUGUGUGCCUUGAUAACAGACAUGGAUAUCUUAGAGGAUGGCGAUGAAUCCGAAAUCGGGGAACGUGGGGUCAAUCUAUCAGGAGGACAAAAGGCUCGAGUGUCUCUUGCCCGAGCAGUUUAUUCCAGAGCGUCAAUUCUAUUUUUAGACGAUGUUUUGUCUGCCGUUGACGCCCACACUGCCCACCAUCUCUAUUACGAAUGUCUCAAGGGAGAGCUGAUGAAGGACAGGACUGUCAUCCUGGUUUCUCAUCAUGUUCAAUUAUGCGCACCUGGUGUAGACUACAUUGUCGCUCUCGACAAUGGACGAGUUCAGUUUACUGGUGAUUACACAGCAUUUCAGCGGUCUGGAGUAAUCAGGACUCUCGUCCAGUCUACUGUGGAUGACAAGGCAGAUGGAGAUGACGAACAAGCUGUAGAAGCCACCCUCGAGAAAAAAGACUGCAGCGGUCCCGGCUCCGACUCCGCAACCUUCGUUAACGCGUCCACGCAGAGCAAAGUAAAGAAAACUGUUCGCAAACUGGUUGAAGAAGAAACGCGUGCGAUUGGGCGUGUUCGCAAGGAUGUUUGGGCGACAUACCUUGAAGCAUGCGGACGCUAUGGGUACUGGUUUCUGUUCAUGAUUGUCUUUGUCGUAGCUGCUUUAAGUCCUGUUGCGGAGAACGGGUGGCUCAAGAUAUGGUCUGGAGCUGUCCUGGGUGAAGAUGGAGAGCAAGGAUCGGAUCGUGGACCUUUGUUCUAUGUUGGCAUCUAUGCCGCAGUCACAUUAAUUGGGUUGGUGCUUACGACGAUACGCUGGUUUGUUCUCUAUCGUGGAUCUAUUAAUGCCUCUGUGGUUUUGUACAAAAGACUGCUGGAAGCCGUUCUCUUUGCGGACGUUCGCUUCCACGAUACAGUAUCACGAGGUCGAUUGCUGAACAGGUUCGGAAAGGAUUUCGAAGGAAUCGAUAGCAGUCUCUCUGAUAACUUCGGUCGUACUGUAACCUAUGGUCUUUCGAGUGUCACCACACUAGUGACUGUAGCUAUAGUCGGUGGCUUCCCAUUUGUGAUCGCGGCUGCUGUAUUAGGCUUGCUUUAUUACAAUGUUGGAAAGUUCUACGGCCAAACGUCUCGAGACAUGAGAAGACUAGACUCUGUUACUCGUUCGCCCAUAUACUCGAUCUAUGGAGAAACGAUAGCCGGUGUGACCAUUCUCCGUGCGUUUGGAGCAUCCUCAAAGUUCUUGAGAGAUAUGCUUCGAUGUCUGGAUACAAAUGUUAAUCCUUACUAUUGGAUGUGGGGAGUCAACAGAUGGUUGUCUGUACGUUUCAACUUGCUAUCCUGUGGCAUUGUGGGGGCAAUGGCUGUGGUUGCCGUGUGGAAUCCAGGUCUCAGUGCCUCUAUCGCCGGUUUCUCCCUUGCAUUCGCAAGUACUAUCACUGGCGACCUUCUUUUCAUGGUACGGAGAUUCGUGGGAUUGGAGCAGUCGAUGGUGGCCUUGGAACGAGUCAAAGAGUAUUCUGAAUUGAAGCGAGAAGCUCCUGAGUUCGUGGAACCGCGACCCCCAGCAUCGUGGCCGACCAAAGGGGAGAUUAGAUGCGAAAAUCUAGUCAUCCGUUACGCACCAGAGUUACCAGAUGUCCUUCAUCGGUUGAAUUUCGAAAUCAAACCUGGUGAAAAGGUUGGAAUCCUCGGUCGAACGGGUAGUGGCAAAAGUACUCUCGCUCUGUCAUUUUUCCGAUUCGUUGAAGCAACCGAGGGCCGUAUCUUGGUUGAUGAUAUCGACAUUGCAAAAAUUGGUUUAACGGACCUUCGAAGCAGGUCCACGAUUAUACCUCAGGAUCCUACGAUUCUGUCGGGAACGUUAAGGUCCACCCUCGAUGUUUUUAAUGAAUAUGAGGACGCUGAGAUUUUCGAAGCUUUACGCCGAGUCCAUCUUAUUCCAAGUUCGCAUGAAAUUGAGGAGGAAGAUCAAGAGGUAAACGCAAACAUUUUCCGUAAUCUAGAUUCCUCAGUCUCGGAAGGGGGUGACAAUUUCUCUACUGGUGAAAAACAAUUAUUAUGUAUGGCAAGGGCUAUCUUGAAGAGAUCUAAAGUACUUGUCAUGGACGAGGCUACCGCUAGUGUCGACUAUUCGACGGAUGAGCUGAUCAGUCAGACAAUUCGGCAAGAGUUCGCCGACAGCACGAUAUUAACCAUCGCACAUCGACUUCGUACUGUUAUUGAUUAUGACAGGAUAAUGCUUUUAGACCAAGGCCGCAUCGUAGAGUUUGAUCGGCCCCAAAAACUUCUUGCACAACCAUCGUCAAAGUUCUAUGCGUUGUGCAAAGCCACUGGGAAGGACGAGUUUGCCACACUUAAAAAACUAGCGGGUGUUUAAUGUACAGUAGAGCAUACUUACAUAUGGGGUACGGACCGGGCUUGUC